AUGGCUCCCGACGCGGUCGCCCCAACGGACGCCGCCCCAACGGAGGAACCCUCCGGGCCGUCCCCGUACGAACAAAAGAGCCCGUACUACGCGAAGCGCAUCGAGCUCUUCGAGAAAUACUUCGCGCGCGAGGGCGAGAGGAAGACCGCCGCGGAGGCGUCGAACGAGACGAUCAAGGUCACGAUGCCCGACGGCGCGGUCCGCGACGCGGUGAAGAACGUCACGUCGCCGUGGGACAUCGCGAUGAGCAUCCACAAGAAGCUCGCGCAGGCGUCGAUCCUCGCGCACGUGGACGGGAAGGACUGGGACAUGCGACGACCGCUCGAGGGCGACUGCGCGCUCAAGCUGUUCUCGUUCGACGACCCCGAGGGCAAAGAGUUGUACUGGCACUCGAGCGCGCACGUCUUGGGCGAAGCGCUCGAGCUCGAGUACGGCGCGGACCUGACGAUCGGUCCGUCGAUCGAGGAGGGGUUUUACUACGACUGCUACCUCGGCGAUAAGACGCUUUCGGACCACGAGCGGACGCAGAUCCAGAAGCGCAUGGAGGGAAUCAUCAAGGAGAAGCAGCCGUUUCAGCGCAUCGAAGUCUCGCGCGACGAAGCCCUGGAGAUGUUCCUCGAGAACAAGUUCAAGGUCGAGCUCAUCACGAACCUCCCCGAGGACGCGACGAUCUCGUGCUACAGAUGCGGCCCGAUGGUCGACCUUUGCCGCGGGCCGCACCUCCCGGACACGGCGUGGAUCAAGGCUGUGACGGUGAAUCAGUGCUCGCGCUCGCACUGGCGCGCGGACGUCACCAAGGACCCGCUCGUUCGCGUCUACGCCGUGACGUUCCCGACGGAUAAGCUCAUGAAAGAGUACAAGCUUCGCAUCGAGGAAGCGAAGAAGCGCGAUCACCGUGUCUUGGGUCUGCACCAGGAACUGUUCUUCUUCGACAUUCUCUCCCCCGGGUCGUGCUUUUUCCUUCCCGACGGCGCGACGAUUUACAACAACCUCAUCAACUUCAUCAAAGAGAAGUACUGGGAGUACGAGUACAGCGAAGUCGUCACGCCCAACAUCUACAACUUCGACCUGUGGAAGACGUCCGGGCACGCGGCGCACUACAAAGAGAACAUGUUCAGUUUCAACGUCGAGAAGGAAGAGUUUGGAUUGAAGCCGAUGAACUGCCCGGGGCACUGCGUGAUGUUCGGCCACCGCAAGCGGUCGUUCAGGGAGCUCCCGAUGAGGCUCGCGGACUUUGGCGUGCUUCACAGGAACGAGUUCAGCGGCGCGCUACACGGGCUCACGCGCGUGCGGAGGUUCCAGCAAGACGACGCGCACAUCUUCUGCCGCCCCGAUCAGAUGGAGCACGAGCUCGUCAACUUUAUGAAAUUUUUAGACGAGGUCUACGAAGUCUUCGGCCUGACGUACGAGAUGAAGCUCUCGACGCGCCCGGAGGGGUACCUCGGCGAGCUCGAGGUGUGGAACCAAGCCGAGGACGCGCUCAGGAACGCGCUGAACAAGUCCGGGAAGGAGUGGAAGCUCAACCCCGGCGACGGCGCGUUUUACGGCCCGAAGAUUGACAUCACCGUCUUUGACGCGUUGAAGCGGCGGUUUCAGUGCGCGACGGUGCAGCUCGAUUUCCAGCUCCCGAUCCGGUUCAACCUGUCGUACGUCACGGAGAACAACGAGCCAGCGCGGCCGAUCAUCAUUCAUCGCGCGAUCUUAGGGUCUGUGGAGAGAAUGUUCGCGAUCCUCACGGAGCACUUCGCGGGGAAGUACCCGUACUGGCUCUCGCCGAAGCAAGUGAUGCUCGUGCCCAUCUCCGAGGCGUCUCGCGAGUACGCCUUGGAGGUGAAGAAGCAGCUCAGGAAAGCCGGGCACCACGCUCAGGUGGACGAGACCGAUCGUAAGAUGCAGAAGAAAGUCCGCGAGGCGCAGCUCGAACACUGGAACUACAUCUUAGUCGUCGGCGAGGGCGAGAAGACGAACAGGACGGUGAACGUCCGCACGCGGGAUAACGUCGUGCACGGCGAGGUAAAGCUCGAGGAGCUCAUGACGGUUCUGAACGAGGAGAGGUCGACGAAGAGCCUGACGUGCAUGUUUGGGGUGGAGAAGAGCGCGGCCGCGGCGGCGGCGAAGGAGGCGGAGGAGGCGGCGGCGAAGGCGGCGAAGGACGCGGAGGAAGCCGCCGCGGCGUGA